AUGCUGGCGCUGCUGGGUGAGAUGUCCGCCGCUGCGGCCUGGACGUGGCGGCGUAUUCCCAGGCCGAGGCCCGCGAGGCCGGAGAUCCCUCCGCGCUGGAGCGGCUUGCCAACUGCCAGCGCACCAGCCUGCUUCUGCUCUCCUAGCCAGAACCUUCUAUGCCGCGAGAGGCGCCUGCGUGUUCUGCGGCUGGCGCCCAACGGGGUCACCUACACCGCCGCCCUGGAGGCCUGCGGCCGCGCGCCGGCGGUGCUGGCACUGCUGGGUGAGAUGCGCGCCAGCCGCUGCGGCCUGGACGUGGCGCCUGCGUGUCCUGCGGCUGGCGCCCAACGGGGUCACCUACACCGCCGCCCUGGAGGCCUGCGGCCGCGCGCCGGCGGUGCUGGCACUGCUGGGUGA